AUGAUGGCCCCCUCCAUUGUUCGCGACCUCGAGCUCCCCGCGCAUCCCAUCCCGGAAUCGCUCCAGACACCGUCAGCAGCCGCCCCUGUUCCUGCUCUCUUCUCACUCGCAGGAAAGACCGUCGCAAUCACCGGAGGCGGGCGCGGCCUCGGCCUUACCAUGGCAUUGGCCGUGGUAGAGGCCGGUGGCAGCGUCGCCUGCCUGGACGUGCUACCGUCUCCUGGCCCUGACUGGGCGAGGCUCGAGAAGACUGCCUCCACCAACAAAGCCUCCGCGUCGUACCGCAUCUGCGAUGUCACAGACGACGCCGCCCUGGGGGCCAGCAUCGAUGAGAUUGCAGCUGAGGCUGGGGCGCGCGGGGAGCCGCUCUGGGGUUGCAUCGCAUGCGCUGGAAUACAGCAGCAAACACCGGCGCUUCAGUACCCAGCGGCCGACUUUGAUAGGAUGAUGCGCGUUAAUGUGACGGGCGUGUUCAAUACAUGCAGGCACACGGCGCGGAUAUUGCAGGAGGCGCGGCGGCCGGGGAGCAUCGUGAUGAUUGCGAGCAUAUCGGGCAACAUUGCCAAUCGGGGUCUUACAUGCACGGCGUACAACUCGAGCAAGGCGGCCGUGCAGCAGAUGUGCCGCUCCUUGGCGCAGGAAUGGGGCGAGUACGGCAUUCGCGUCAACACGAUCUCCCCGGGUUAUAUUCGGACGGCCAUGACGGAUCAGCUCCUUGCAGAGAAUCCGAAGGUCAAGGACAAGUGGAUGGCUGUUGACGACGCCGCCAUCAUCAGGUUUCACGACAUAUCUCAAAACGUCAUGGACAAACUACAGCUAUCACAAGGCGGCUUGCACAGGCUGGCCAAGGUGGGCCUCCACGACAGCAUCGUCGGCUGCAUCGUCGGCUCGGCGCUGGGCGACGCCGUUGGCCUCUACACCGAGUUCCUGUCCGGCGAGUUGUCAGCCGCAGCAUAUCCCGAUCGCAAGUUUGUCCUCUCUCCCGCGUCGCAGGCGACGCCUUUCCGCAGGGACACGCACCGGGGACCACACCGGCCGGGCGAAUGGACCGACGACACCGACCAUGCCAUGCUGCUCCUGCUCUCCUGCUUGCACACCGACCUCAAGACUCUGGAUCCCAAGGACCUCGCUGCGAGGCUGCAUACGUGGGUACAGUUUGGUUUUCUGCCGCUCGACACGCUUCCUCUGGGGCUGGGCCGCACGGUGGGCGCCAUCGUGAGAACGAAGACGUACCUCGAUGACCCGGAGGCCACUGCGCGACGGCACUGGGUGAAUGCCAAGUAUAAUGCGGCACCGAACGGUAGUUUGAUGAGGACGCAUCCGUUGGGGCUUGUAUGCCUGGACAAGAGCGUUGAGGAGACCUUUGAGGUUGCCGCGGCCUUCUCCGCUGUGACGCACGUUGAUCCUCGGUGUGUCGUCGCUUGUGCCAUUGGCACCGCCCUCGUUCGUGGCCUGGUGUUGCAGGAGGUGCGCAGCGAGGCGGACAUUGACAGCAUGGUUGAGACGGCCAUCAAUUGGUACGCGAGGCACCGAGCACGAGCACUGCAAGACGACCCGGAAAGGCGAGACGAGCCAGACCUCGACGCCACGGAGCUGCGACGGCACGCCAAGGUCGAACACCUCAAGGACCUAGAGUUGGACGACAGCUACAAGAUCGGCUACGUGUACAAGACGUUCGGCUCCGGCCUACAUCUCCUCCGCCUCGCCAUGCGCAGCACAUCAACCGGCACGCUCACAUCCCGCGCGGCGGCGUUCAAGCCGCUCAUCACAGACCUCAUCAUGCUCGGCGGCGACGCCGACACCAACGCCUGCUUCGCGGGCGCACUGCUGGGCGCCUAUUUAGGAUACGUGAAUCUCCCCGUCAACUGGCGCGAGGGGCUACGGCACGGCGCGUGGCUGAUGGGCAAGGCGGAGGGCCUAUGUCGGAUGCUCGGCGUCGCGGACGGCGAGUACGUCGGGUCGGCGGACAAGGAGACGGCGCGGGACGGGGGGCGAGGCGGGAUGCCGUCCGAGGCGGACAUGGAGAGAAAGGUGAUGGUGUUGCAGGCGUGGAUGGCGGAGCAGGAGCAGGAGGCGAAGCGGAGGGCUAGCAAGGCGGAGGAUAAGAAGUGGUUCAAGUGGAAGAAUUGA